UUCAUGCAUGAAUGACACAGUUCCUUAGCACUGUUCGCUGCGCGCACAGACUGAAUGAGCUGCUCCCUGUCAACUGCAUUGUCGCGGGCUUCUGUGUCACAGCCGCGUGGAAUCCAUCUACGCUUAUAGCCAAUGUAGCCAGCUAACAAGAGGACAAACUUUCCGUUAGCUAACGUAAAUCGCUUUAGAAUAAGAAAUAAUUAUCGUUCUUCACAAAGGCCUUGAAGCAGGGUAGAGUUCACUUCUCCCACUGAAGAAAUGGCAGAAAUUGACCGCAUUCACUAUGAGAUCGAGUACACCGAGGGUAUCAGCCAGCGCAUGCGCAUCCCCGAGAAACUCCAGGUAGCUCCCGAUGAUCUGGAGGCUGGGCCUAUAGAGGCCCGUCACAGUGUGCUGAUGCACGUGCCAGAGCGGAUCCUGGUAGCAGGGGACAGCCAGGACUCCCAGUACCCUAGACCCAGGGACCUGGACCUGAUUCAGUCCACACCCCUGGAGUCUCUGGCUUUGAAGACGCCCCCGCGGGUCCUCACCCUUAACGACCGGCCACUGGACUUCAUGGAGCGCUCAGUGGGACUCACCCAGGCAGGUGAAGAGGGGCGUGCUCAGGUGCGGAUACGCCGGGAACGUUCUGCGAGUGAGAACACCCUGAUGCAUCCGAACGGCCAGCUAAUCAGACACGAGCCAAUUGUAACUCCACACGCGCAGGCCCCUAUCCGCACUGGGGACAUACCCGGGGAGGAACAGAAAGCUUGUAGCACACGCGGUGUACUGUCCAUCAUCCAGUCCACCACCCACCGCGCCUACCAGCAGGUCCUGGAGGUGCUGGAUGAGAACCACAGCAGCAAGCCAGUGCUGCGAGGGGGGGCCUCCAUCCCUCUCCAUGACUCCAGGCUUGGUCUCUCCACUAUGGACACUUCUCAGGAAGGAAUCCCAGAUGACAUGGCUGUUGGAGAUGCAUCAUCAUUACGACGACAGAUCCUCAAGUUAAACCGGCGACUGCUGCUGCUGGAAGAGGAAAAUAAGGAGCGUACCAAGCGGGAGAUGGUCAUGUACUCGAUCACCGUGGCCUUCUGGAUCAUCAACAGCUGGAUCUGGCUCCGCCGCUAGAGCGACUCAGCAAGCCUACAUUGGGCCAGCUGGGUCCAACCAUCUUGCCUCUGCCAAAACUACUGCUCUCAGCCCCUCCACUAGAGCGCAUUGUUGCACUAUGUACAAAAAGUAUUGGUCUAAUGGAUUUUUCUUUUUUUAUUGUUUGUUAUAAAUGUAAUUCUUCUUUGUUUUUGUUGUUUUUUUGGAAUUUUCUGUGUUUUUUAGGGACACAAUGGAAAACGGCAAAGCACAUUUCAGUUGUAAAUAUUCUUACACAAGUGUUCAUUGUAACAGGGUUUUUCACUGUGUUCACCCACGUCAUUUAUAGCAUCAUAGCAAUCAUAGCAUUCAUUACAAUGGAAAGAAUUGGGGGUCUACUGGUAUUUAUUUAGGUACUUCAGCGCCAUAUCUUUAAUGUUGGUUAGUAACACAAUUGUUAUGUGUGACGCUGCCACUGUUUUGUUGAUUAUACUUGAAUAAUGCAUUUUAAUAUGCUAAGUAAGGAAAUUAACCUGCUGAUUACAUGAGUAUGAUCAAUGUUUCCAAAUCCAAGGCCUACACAAGGUCUAUCCUCUUACAUCACACCUUAGUAUUUAUUUUACAUUUCACAGUGUACAGAAGAACAUGGAAAACGUCUAAAUGAAUGUAAAAUAAAUUAGAAUAAUUUGAAAA